CGAGUCGUUUCCCGUGUCACUGAGCAGGGAGGAAGGCGGAAGUAACGGAACCACCACAUCACCCCCAUCUGGACCAGAGACAUGGCUUCAAACAGCGGCUCCGCCGGGAAAUGGGAGCUAGUGAAGAAAGGGAAGAAGAACAACAGCGCGGGGGGAGGCAAGAAGCCCGGGGGGGGCAUCGGGGGGGGCAUCGGGGGGAGGAAAGCCCUGGGCGAAUCCAACCUGCCCUCCAGACCGCCCCUGAAGACGUCCGAGACGCUGUUCGACGGCUUCGAGAAGAUGGGGAAGAAGCAGAACAAGGAGCAGGUUCCACCGCCGGCCGAGCCCGACACUAGGAAGACCUCCAGUAAACCCCCCAAGAGGUCCCAGACCAGCAGUCCAGUAACCUCGGCAACACGCAAGACCCUCGAGGACGCCUUCAAAACAUUGGACGUCGGGGACCUGAAGCAGCAGCUGGCUCAGAGUCAGACCUUGUUCCCGGAGAACCCGUCGGUCUGGGUCAAGGACCUGGCCGGGUACCUGAACCUCCACCUGACGGCGCCGGAGUCGGAGCCCACGCUCAGCAGCUACGCCCACG